GCAACGCGCAUCUGUCAUGGCUGCUCACUGACGCCGCUUGCGCCACAUGGGUGGAAACAAACACUCCGUUUGCGAUUGAGAGACGUCGACUUGGCACUUCAAUACAGCGAUUAAUCGGCGGCUGGUGUGCAGCAGUUAGCGGAACCCGCGGAGGCACGUUAGCUCAGCAGCAGCAGCAGCAGCAGCGGAGGUGAUGCCGCUGAACGUGGAGAUCCCGGUGCUCCGGGGCUUUUUAACAGACAGUGAGGCAGUGGAAUGGAAGCAGAGUGUUUACUGUGCUGCAGAUGCAGGCUCUCUGCUGGAGUCCUUAAUGACCGGGGACUUUGAGGCCGUUCUGCUGAGUCCUCAGGUGUCGGCUGUACUCAACGGUGAUGGCAGUUGCUGUGAUGGGGAGAACAUCGAUGCGUACCUGCAGAGGCGGCUCUCACUCUACCUGACUAGUGGACCUGAGGAUGACCAGACUAACAGGGAGCUGACUGUGAUGGCUCUGGCCGUGUCUUGCCUUCACCUGUUUGCUCAAAGUAACUGGACUGGUCCUCCAGUAUCCAUCCAUGUCUCUGACUUCCUGCCCGUUGCCCUGCUCUCCUCUCAGGAGCCCAAAACCUUGGAUCUCCACUCAAGCCUGCUCCUGGAUGGAGAGUCUGUGUACAGUCUGGUUGCCAACCCCUUCCUCCUCCUGCUGGCUCGGGUUAUUCUCACCAAGUGCUCGUCCAUGAUGGACAGCCUCCAGCUGCUGCCCUGGUGGACCCUUCGCUACGUCCACCUGCAUCAGCAGAUCCUGGAGGCUCGCUCUCCACAGCUCCUCAGCUUGGCCCAAAGCAGCAUGGAAAAAGUGCUCAAAUGCCCGUCUCUGAUGUUGGAGCAGAAAAACUUGGCGAUCCAGUUUAACCUGGAGUGUGUCUACACCAAUCUGACCUACUAUGAGUACCAGCCAGCCAAGGAUCACAUCAAUAAGGCACAGGAGCUCUCUGGACUGAAUAUCAACAUGACGGGUGCCCUUGGCAAGCGGACCCGUUUCCAGCAGAAGUACUUGGCUCAGCUCAUCCUUGAGGUCAAGAGAAAGCAGGACCAGACCAACAAGAUGGACAACGAGGCCAGUCCCACUCCCACACCUCAGUCCUGCUUACCCAAGGACCACAUUCUCGGUGACGACACAGUGCUGGACCAGAUCAAUUUAGCAGAGCCGGAUCAGUAUGAGCUGCCAGACCUCACUGCAGAGGAACAGGCCGUCAUCCUGGGGAUCUGCACUGACUUCAUGAAGAAUAACCCUGUCCACAAACUGACUGAAGAGGAACUUCUCGCCUUUACGUCGUGUAUACUGUCUCAGCCAAAGUUCUGGGCUGUAGAAGUCACAGCCCUCUGCCUCAGAACCAAACUGGAAAAAGGAAGCUCCCGGCGUGUGGAGAGAGCCAUGAUGCAAACCCAGGCUCUAGUUGACUGCUUCGAAGACAAAAACUGUCCUGUGACCGAGCGCCUUAAAGUCUUCUACUGCUGCCAAGCUCCAACCAGAUGGACUCUGCAGAAACAACUGGCCAGUCUGCUGAUGGACCUCGGCUGCACCAGCUCAGCUCUACUCAUGUAUGAGAAGCUGGAGCUUUGGGAGGAUGCAGUUAUCUGCUAUGAGAGGCUGGGUCAACAUGGCAAGGCAGAGGAGAUCGUACGCAGGGUGUUGGAAGAGAAGGAGACGCCCACUCUGUAUUGCCUACUGGGAGACAUCUUAAGGGACCAUCAAUACUAUGACCGGGCGUGGGAGCUGUCAGGCAAACGCAGUGCCAGAGCCAUGCGUUCCAAAGCCCUGCUGCACCUCCACAACAAGGAGUUCCAGCAGUGCACUGACUGCUUUGAGCGGUCGCUGAAGAUCAACCACAUGCAGCUUGGUGUAUGUUUUUCCCUCGGCUGUGCCUACUUGGCUCUGCAGAACUAUGAGGGAGCUGCGAAGGCUUUCAGGAGGUGUGUGGGACUAGAGCCAGAUAAUGCAGAGGCGUGGAACAACCUCUCCACAGCUUAUAUCCGCCUCAAAAAGAAAGACAAAGCUUUUUGUACACUACAGGAAGCCCUGAAGUGUAACUACGAACACUGGCAGAUCUGGGAGAACUUCAUCGUCGUGAGCACUGACAUUGGGGACUUUGGUGAAGCCAUCAAAGCCUACCACCGUCUGAUGGACCUCAAGGAAAACUACAAGGACAUCCAGAUUCUGCAGGUGCUGGUCAGAGCGGUGGUUGGAAACCUGAUCGACAGUCAGGGAGAACAGGCAGAAAAGCAGCGGUCCAAACUGAAGGAGCUCCUGGGUCGAGUCACCUCCCGCCACAGCAGCGACGCCGAGAUAUGGCGGCAGUACGCCCUGCUGUACGGUGACGGCCGCAGCUCCAACACUGAGGACAAUGACAAGGCUCUGCAGUUCUUAGCGAAGUGUCAUCGCUGUGAGGUUCAGACUGGCGGCUGGGAGAACGUACCAAGUCUCUUCAAGGAGGUAAUGGACAGAGCCAUUCACAUGGGAGAAGUGACCAUCAGUAACAGUGAGAAGAAGACAAAUCCAGCUGAAGCUCUGCAGAUGCUCUCCUCCACCAGGCUGAGUCUACGCAGUGUAGCCACCAAAGCUAAGCAAAUGCACACAGACGUGGCCACGGGUCAGAUCCACGAUGAGCUGCAGGAUGGCGUAGCUGCUCUGGAGCGACUCAUCACAGAGCUGCAGAAGCUGAGUGCAAAGCUGCGUGACCAAUCACAGUGAUCUUCCUCCAGACACGAGAGAAGUGCAGCUGGGAAGCCUCCCUGCUCUAAACCAACCACAAUCUCUGGAUUAUUAAACUAGAAUGUAAAACUCAGUCGGUCAUCAGGAUGUUUUUGUAUUUUUAUGUCCACAUUGGAAAGAAAACAAUGACUGUAAGACGGCGUUUCUCAAACUUUCUCCGACCAAGGACCAUUUAACCCUUAAGGAAACACUCAUGGACCACCUAACUCAAAAUAUCCCUGUCAGCGGUGUCGCAAACCGGGUCCACUGUACUGCUCAAGUCAGACAAUGCCACUAAAACAUAGGCAGUGCUUCAUUUGUAAAUCAUAAGGUGCCGGAACGCAAAGUAUUAUGACAGCGCAGGGAUGACGAGACCGGCACAACAUGCAAAUGCAGCCCACUUACAAUGCUGUGGGACUCACAAGCCUCAAUUUAAAAUAAUAUCCAUGGUAUAAAUGUUUUGACAAUAAUGUACAAUGAUUAAAUGCCCUUUCAUAUUCAUGUCAA